GAGAGCAACUCCUCCUUACCACAGGGCGGAAAAAAAGGGAAAGGAAAAAAAAAAGAGAGAGAGAGAGAAGAAAUCCUCCGGAAUGGCGGCGUCCGGCGAGGGCGCGUCGCUGCCGUCGCAGGGCGGCGGGGAGGACGCCCGGCGGCGGCGGGUGAGCUACUUCUACGAGCCGUCGAUCGGCGACUACUACUACGGGCAGGGGCACCCGAUGAAGCCCCACCGCAUCCGCAUGGCGCACUCGCUGGUCGUCCACUACGGCCUCCACCGCCUCCUCGAGCUCUCCCGCCCCUACCCGGCCUCCGAGGCCGACAUCCGCCGCUUCCACUCCGACGACUACGUCGCCUUCCUCGCCUCCGCCACCGGCAACCCGGCCCUCCUCGACGCCCGCGCCGUCAAGCGCUUCAACGUCGGCGAGGACUGCCCCGUCUUCGACGGCCUCUUCCCCUUCUGCCAGGCCUCCGCGGGGGGCAGCAUCGGCGCCGCCGUCAAGCUCAACCGCGGGGACGCCGACAUCACCGUCAACUGGGCGGGGGGCCUCCACCACGCCAAGAAGGGCGAGGCCUCCGGGUUCUGCUACGUCAACGACAUCGUCCUCGCCAUCCUCGAGCUCCUCAAGUUCCACAGGCGUGUGCUAUAUGUAGACAUUGAUGUCCACCAUGGAGAUGGUGUGGAGGAAGCUUUCUUCACUACAAAUCGAGUCAUGACUUGUUCUUUUCACAAGUACGGGGAUUUUUUCCCUGGUACUGGACAUAUCAGUGAUAUUGGAAUAGGCGAAGGGAAACAUUAUGCUUUAAAUGUGCCCCUGAGUGAUGGUAUUGAUGAUGACACCUUUCGUGAUCUGUUCCAGUGCAUCAUUAAAAAGGUAAUGGAGGUUUAUCAGCCAGACGUUGUUGUACUCCAGUGUGGAGCAGACUCUUUGGCUGGAGACAGGUUAGGUUGCUUCAACCUGUCUGUGAAAGGUCAUGCAGACUGCCUCCGUUACCUUAGGUCUUUCAAUAUUCCUAUGAUGGUUUUAGGAGGUGGGGGUUACACCAUCAGAAAUGUUGCUCGCUGCUGGUGCUAUGAGACUGCAGUUGCUGUUGGAGUUGAACCUGAUAACAAGUUACCUUAUAAUGACUACUAUGAGUACUUUGGUCCUGAUUAUAAUCUUCAUAUUCAACCAAGAAGUGUGGAGAACCUGAAUACAACUAAAGAGUUGGAGAACAUGAAGACCAUGAUAUUGGAACAUCUCUCACAAAUAGAGCAUGUUCCAAGCACUCAGUUUCAUGACAGACCAUCAGACCCUGAAGCUCCACAGGAGGAAGAGGAGGACAUGGACAAGAGACCACCUCAGCGCAGUAGAUUAUGGAGUGGAGGAGCUUAUGAGUCUGAUACAGAGGAUCCUGACAACAUGAAAACUGAGACGAAUGACUUAUCUGCCAGCUCUGUCAUGAAGGAUGAAUCAAAUGGUGAUUCCUAGAAGAGAUCCUGCGAUUCUGGUUCUCAGCACCCCUGAUUUCGAUGUGCAUGCUGAAGAACAGGGAAAGUAUUUGAAGAUGUCUGAUGUCCGUGCCUGACCAUUUUGCAAAACAAUGAACGUUAUUUUUUUGGAUGCUUCUAACCUUCAAGCAUGUCGGUAAUUCUACUUAGUCGGCACAUCCUCAAAUGGUUUGUGCAAGAGAGGAGUGUAUUCUGGAAUUAUCGUGCGCUGAUAUGGAUUUAUAGUUUUAUGUUUAUACUUUGAUAUGUUGAAACUCAUACCACAAAAUCCGCAAUCUACUCGCUAGCAUGUCCGGACUUAUUUUGUGGCA